AUGUUCGAUGACCACCAUCAAUCCUCAAACCUGACCAACCUCCCACAGCAAACAGUCGAUCCGCCCGUCUUUGGCUGCAUCAUCCCAUCAAGACCAGUACAGACCAACUUCACUCAUCUGCCUCCUAACCGGUUCGUCUUCCAAUUCGAUGACCCCGGCUCGAUCAACCAUCUUGUCGUCUUCCUCACUGGCAACGUUCCUCUGCCCGAUAAUUAUGCCGCCUCGAUUCAUUUCCAGUUUCCGAAUAAGCCGGAUUGGCUGCUCCUCGGAAUGUUAAGUGGGACGAAGCCGUCUGCAGUAUUCCGGCUGAAGGGGACGAUGGUGCCUUCGCAGCUGGAUUGGGCGAGUUCCACGAUGGGAGCGGUUCCGAGAGCGACGGCGACCCUGGGGAUCCUAGUGGCCCCACUGGCGGAGAUCGAGGCCGAAUGUGGGGCGUUGAACGGUGCGGUGACACUCCGGGGUCCAUCAUCGGGGCCCCAGUCUUUGCCAGGCUCGGCUUGUGGUCAGCUCCCUCAUCAGCUCGCUAAGGCCAUCGGCCUCAACCUCUUCCGGUAUCUCGCCUCCUUCUCUAGCACGACCUUCGAUAAUCAGACUUGGAUCCCCAUCGCCGUGCUCGAAAAGUGGUGGAAACAGUUCGAAUUCAAACUCGCUAAUUCUGCUAACCCCGAACAAUGGUUGUUGGAUUCUGCCUCCGCUGGUUAACUUAUGCUCCAGUAACACCCCCCUUUUUUCCCCCUUCUCUUGUCCAUGAUUCUAGAUUCCAGUCCACAUGUAUCCCUU